AUGGGUGAAGCAGCUAUAGAAAAAAUAAUUGAAGAAUCUCUGAAAAAAGUGAUAGAAGAAAUCCACUGCACUAGAAAGGAGCUGAAAAAUUCUACAGAUUCGAGUGAAACUAGACUUUUAAUGAAAUUGGAAGAAAAUAAUAAUAAAAUAAAAUUACUGCAGGCUGAGAAUCAAGAGCUCAAAAAUAAAGUAGAAUAUUUGUAUUGUCAUAUUUGGAUUAAUGGAAAGUACAACAAUUGUUACAUCAAAGAAUCUCAUCUAAUACUGGAUGGAGAAAAAUGCACAGUUGAAGAACUUACAUUUAUCGACGGAAAAACUCCCAAUAGUGUACCGCCAACUCCUACUCUACAAGAUAAAUUUAGUCCAGAACAAACUGUGGUUCCACUGGUUGAAAGAAACAAAGAAACCCCAAAACCUACUAAAUUCAAUAAAGGAACAAAAACAUCAAAAAUCGCAACUACCAACGAAAAAUCUGAUAGGACAACACGAUUUGGCUCCACCUCUUCUAACCGUUAA